AUGAAGAUACACUGUCUGCGGACUUCAUCUUCGAGUCAAGUAACAUCCUGUAAUUCUCUUUGUCAUGACGUCAUCUGGAUCGGACUAAAAUUGCUUGUGUGUUUAGGAUGUCAGUUAGUAGAUCGCAUAAGACAUACUCGAGUUGCGGAGAGAAUGAUAUCACAGGAAGUAUGA